CGAAAGUAUUGAUUUGAUGGAUGACGCAGCAGACGAUGGCGCCAUCAAAUCAGCGGCGGUGGUGCUGAUAGAGGAGAUCUCUGCCGGCGACGUCGGCAAGUCAGUCCGAGUGACUGGCCGCUGUGUGUCGACCUCUGAGCAUCUGAUCAUCGCCGACGGACCCGCGCAGCUCGAAGUCAUCGCCGACGGCAGGUAUGUGCAGCUGAGUAGUGCCAAACCGUGCAUCCCACCAUCCAUCCAUCAGCCUUUGUCUGCGUGGUGUGGUGUGGUGUGCAGUGGGCAGGUGCGCGAGAAUGACAUGGUUCAGUAUAUUGGGGAGCUGGCGCGAGAGGAGGGCGAAGCAGAGGGGAGGCUGGUGCUCAAGGCGCGGGCAUUGCGGAACGUCGACGGCAUCGACCUGGCCAUGUACAAGAGGGCGGUGGCAAUGCGCCGGAAAAUGCUGGGCACGCAGCACUGACUGACUGACCGAACCAACCGGGGGUAUGUAUCUCAUGCCAUUGGGUGGCCGGGUGUGAGCAUAUACAUAGAUAGGUGAAUGUGCGCAGACGCCUGCACUGCGUGACCGGGACACGUGGUAGACCUCAGACUCGUGAGUGACUCAUGAAGGGAGGAAGGAAUGUCUGUCCAUGUUACGUAGUGUGAAUUUCCUCGCUGUCAUUUCGCUGCAGCGCCACACGGGUAACAGAGAAGGGCGACCUGAUGGUACAGCCAAUGGCAGUCUUGUUGCCAUCGACUCUAUCAUCAGAACUCCCCGGCUCAUUGCCAGUGCAGACAGUGCACUCAACGACCAACAAACAGUCGCUUGCAGUUUCAAACAUAAAAAGGUUC